CGUAUCAGAAGUUUGCUUUGCACUGUGGGAACACCUAGUUCCUGUCACAGCAACCCGGCUGUGACGACUAUAAAAAAGCCGGCCGGCUUCACUUCCACUGACUCUGAGUGUGUGUGAGUGUGUGUGUGUGAGUGAGUGUGUGUGUGUGUGAGAGAGAGAGUGUGAGUUCUUAUAUUAACAUGGCCAAAAGAAAGGCUCAGGAUCUUGGGGGUACGCAAGAAAACAGUUCCACAGUAACAAAGGACCAGAAUGGAGGAAAAGUUCAGUUAAAGAAGAAGGUCACGCUGCUGCGUGGGAUCUCCAUCAUCAUAGGAACCAUCAUUGGUGCUGGAAUCUUCAUCUCACCCAAAGGCAUCCUACAGAACUCGGGCAGCGUAGGAAUGUCCCUGGUGAUAUGGGUGGCUUGUGGGAUUCUGUCGUUAUUUGGUGCUCUGUCCUAUGCUGAGUUGGGAACCUGCAUUAAGAAGUCCGGUGGUCACUAUACCUACGUUCUGGAGGCGUUCGGCCCGCAGAUGGCUUUCAUACGAUUAUGGGUGGACAUCAUUGCUAUACGGCCUGCAGGAAUGGCUGUGAUUUCUCUGGCGUUUGGCCGAUAUGUUUUGGAGCCGAUUUUUAUGCCGUGUGGCGUGCCUGAGUUCGGAAUCAAGCUCGCUACAGCAAUUGGACUCACUACAGUCAUGUAUAUUAACAGUAUGAGUGUGAGCUGGACAGCCAGGCUGCAGAUCUUCCUCACGUUCAGUAAACUUCUCGCCAUGGCCAUCAUCAUCGUCCCCGGACUCUAUCAGCUGUUCAGAGGCGAGACCAAAAACUUCCAGAACGCAUUUCAGGUGGACUCGGUGAAGCUGUCUGGCCUUCCCCUGGCCUUCUACUCAGGGAUGUAUGCUUACGCCGGCUGGUUUUACUUGAAUUUUGUCACAGAAGAGGUGGAUCGUCCAGAGAGAACCGUCCCAUUGGCCAUUUGCAUCUCCAUGGUGAUUGUAACCGUGUGCUACACGCUGACUAACGUUGCAUAUUACACUGUGAUGUCAGCGGAGGAGCUGCUUGCCUCAAGUGCCGUCGCUGUGGCCUUUGCUGAGAAACUUUAUGGGAAUUUCUCCAUCGCGGUUCCCAUCUUCGUGGCUCUUUCUUGCUUUGGUUCUAUGAAUGGAUGCAUUUUUGCCAUCUCCAGAAUGUUUUACGUGGCGUCUCGAGAAGGUCAACUUCCUGAAGUUCUGUCUAUGGUUCACGUCCGCCGUCACACUCCGGUAGCUGCUGUAAUUGUUCUGUACCCCCUCACCAUGCUCCUCCUGUUCGCCGGAGACAUCUACAGCCUGCUGAACUUUAUGAGCUUCCUGCGCUGGCUCUUCAUCGGGCUGGCCGUGGUCGGACUCAUCUACAUGCGUUACACGCGACCCCAAAUGCCACGUCCUUUCAAGGUCCCAAUCUUCAUCCCAGCAGUUUUCUCCUUCACCUGCUUCUUCAUGGUCUUCCUCUCGCUCUACUCCGAUCCAGUCAACACAGGGAUUGGAUUUGCCAUCAUGCUCACGGGAAUACCGGCCUACUACGUCUUCAUCGUUUUCGACAGAAAACCCAAGUGGUUCCAAAAACUCUCAGACUCUAUGAACAGAUCCUUACAAAUCCUCUUGGAGGUGGUCCCUGCCGAGAACUGACCUUUCCAGACACCGCUCUUGCAUCACUCGGUCUUUCAUUUUGUCUCUCUUAUAGAACAUGCUCCCUUCAUCCUGCUCUCAUUUUCAUUCCUCUUUUAUGUUUUAUAGAAAACACUCCCCCGAGUGACCGCUUCUCAAUCCAUCACUCCACAAGGGAGGAAUGAGAGAGACCUUUCAGUGUUCAUGCAAGAAAAAAACGUUCGCUCUCUCAGUCCUCGCUAUGCAGUCGUAUACAAUACAUUUCACUUUUUAGCUGUGCUGUCGAUUAUUUCAUGGUCAUUUUGGAAUAUCAAAUCUUUGAGUGACUAUCAGAGAAGAGAGAAUAUUCAAUAAGUAAAUGUUCAAUUAGUAUUGGUCAGGUUGUAAGAAACAAUGCUAUUAUAAUGUUUCUCACAGAAUAUUCUCAGACAAAAACAAAAUAAUAUGCAAAAAUCUGUGAUAAAUGUAACAUCAGUUAAACAUGUUAAAAUUCCUACUAAAAACAUUCCAACCGUGUUCUCAGAACACACAGAAAGUUUUAUUUUUUUGAACCACAACAUUAAUGUAAACUUGUUGGCUUGGUGUUAGCAUGUUUGCCAUGUGCGCUUGAUUUGGGUUGGUACAUUUUUAGAAAAAAAAAAGGGGGGCUCCUCGGGGGUUUUUCGGAUAGUUAAGAGUUCAAGCUUUCUCAGGAGGUUCUACACGGAACGUUUCAUAAAAGGGUAAAUUUCUGUUGUAGGAUUAUACCUAGAACUUUUAAGGGCUAACUUUUCUGGAUUCUCCCAAAAGGACAACCUGAAGAAUCCUUUAGUGUACUAGCGUGACCUUUUCUUUUUGUAACUAGAGUGUAUGUUAAGCUAUGUUGAGGGAAAAGAAGGUUCCACAAAGAAUUGCUUUCUUAAGACAUUGUAUUUGGAACCUUUUCUGAAAGAUAAAUCGCCCCCUAUACAGAAGAUUUAGUUGAAUUGUCUCUAAUACUUUAUAGUAUACUGUUCAGAAAUGGCUCUAAUUAAUCGAAUUAAACUUGUUACAUAUGACAGACUCAUACGCUGACUAAAGACAGUAGCAUGCUGCUUGCACUAGUAGCUCCGAUGGACAUAAUUGUGGAGAAAAUGAUUGAACUCUGAUGUCCUGUGGUGAAAAGCUGAACUUGACUAUUUUCUAACAUGGCCAUGAUGAAUUGGUAAUUAGUCCGAAAAAAAAACCCAAAAAAAACAAAACAUGGUUGCUAGCUUCAGUUGUGUGUCUGCUAAGUUGAAAUGAGAAACGCUAAGUCUCAUUCUCUAUUUUUUCAGCUGUGCUAGCAGUCUGAUUGUAUCAUAACCAUCCAUCUUUGACUUCCCGGCAGUUAUCCUGGCUCUCCAGAGCUAUUUAAGUGUUUUAUACCUCAUAAAGCAAUUCCACAUGGCCAUUGUGAGAACUACUGUAGAUCAGGUCAAAUUUUGACGUAUUUCUUUUUGUACUGGUUUUAGAGGUUGGGGAAUGUGGGCUGUACUGUAUUUCUUGAAGUCAUCUGAUAUUACGGAUAGAACAGUGUUUGUAGCUAAGAGUUCAUAUACGUUGCGUUUGUUCAUUUUUGUGUUUCAAAUUAAAAUUCCGGACAUAAGCAACAAGGAUAUAUUUAUUUUUACCUUUUUUAUUCUUUCGUUAGCAUGCAGUAAAAUAAGAAAUCUUUUUUUUUAUUUUGUUUUAAAUAUAAAUAUUUUGAGUUGUUUCUACUCGUUUCACCAAAUAAAGUCUAGAAAUCAAAUAUUCAUUCCGAAUCUGGAAAAAAACCCGCUAACUGCAGUACAUGAUAGUGUGAACAGAGUCGACCUGGAAGUACAAGUCAGCUACUGUAUACGCUAUUCUCCGGUUGAGAUGGGUACACUGGAACCUUAUUCUAUUACCAUAAAAAAAAAAAAAAUUACAAAUGAGAUUUUCAGCGACAACAGUUAAUAUGGUCAAGAUCACAAAUUUGCUUUAAUAGUUUAAUAGUUUUAAAAGUUUAAUAGUGACGAAAAUUGUGCAACAUCUUGAAUAUUGAAUAGCUUUGUUUGUUUUAGAAUUGUGAAACUUUCUGCUUAUUUCCAGUUAAAAAAAAAAAAAAGAUCCCAGAUUUUCAGUAUGGUCUCAGACUUUUGGACUCCAAUGUAAUUUAUUUGAAAUAAAUUUGGGGUUCUUCUUAAAAUUUCUUACAUUUUUAGCAUAAAUUCACAAAAUCCUGCUGAUUUUUUUUUAGCCACCAUUUCUGUCCUCCUUUACCAUCACCAUCUUGCUAUUCUUAAAAAAAGCAAGUAAUGGUCCAGAUUAGCAGUACAUCAGGGACUAACGGUGAUCUUUAAUUGCAGUAAUCGCUGAUACAUGACAGUCAUUCGAGAUUGUUUAUUAACUUUAACCGCAGAAUGAAACUGAAAUGAUGAACAACAAGCAGAUUUGAAACUGAUUUGAACAUCGUAUUUGCAUAUAUUUUCUAUUUUUCGACAUGAAAAACGAAUGAACGCAACUACAUGAGCUUCUCAGCCACUCAAGAACAGUUGGAUUUAAGUGUAACUGUAACUAUUACUUGUGAAUGAAUGUGGUUUACAAUGCACUUCUAUUGAGAAGUGAAUGGAAAGCUGUAUUAAAAGUAUUUUAAUAUCUAGAAUUUUGUAUACAAAGUGUAAAAUGUAUGUUGGAUUAGUUACUGCUGUAUGAAGUUACACACUGCUGAAUUAUUUUUGCAGAAAUGAUGAAGUGGUACAAUGCACUCGAUACUUACUAUGUUAACACUAUUGCUUUAAAUGGCUUGGUGGAGCUCUACUUACUUAGUAUUUCUAUUAAUAAUACCAUUUGUACAUUUGUAUUUUCACACACUUGAUGUGUAUUUUUGUUUAUUUAAAAAAAAUGAAUCUUGUUUUUAUGUCACAUUUUUGUGAAGGCAAAUUACUCUGUACAGACUCGUAGAUUUGUAUCCAAGCACAUUUUUUUUGUAAUAUUCUACUGCAGGUUUGACAGGAAAUCAAUAUCUUUGAGACACAACACAGUGAUCUGGAUUAAAAUACUGCACAUGUUCUCCAGUGGAGUUUGAUAAAAAGCAAUGAUGUAAGGCUAGUGAAAGUGUUGCAUCCAGUAAGUGUGUACAAAAUAUAUUUAAUAAUAACAAAAGUGUUUUAUUUGUCGAAAUGGAUUUUUUAAACAUUUUGUUUUUGCUAAUCUUACACAUAUAUGUGUUUUCUUCUGUACGCACAUGCUCUAUAGUUUAUAACAUGAAUAAAUAAAAUUAUUUAAAUUUGUCGUGCUAACAGAUCAUU